AUGGUUUACCUCGGUGCCAAUGCCUGCAUAGUGGGAAGAAAUGAGGAGAAGACUCAAGCUGCUGCCCAAGAUAUCGGAACAGUCAGACACGGGAGCAGAGUACUUGGUAUAGGUGGAAUCGACGUGCGCAGUAUCGAGAGUCUACAGCGAGCCGUGAGUCAGUGUGUGGCUGAGCUGGGCUCCAUUGACUUUGUUAUAGCUGGCGCGGCGGGGAAUUUCCUUGCUUCUUUUUCCUCUAUUUCUCCGAACGCGUUCAAAAGCAUCGUCGACAUCGACGUCCUCGGCUCCGUCAAUACCGCAAAAGCAACCUUGCCUUACCUUGUGGAGUCCAACAAACGUAAUUCGGCAUCUGGACGCAUUAUCUUUAUCUCCGCGACACUACAUUAUACCGGUUUCCCACUUCAGACUCAUGCCGCUGUUGCCAAAGCCGGCGUGGAUGCCUUGUCCGCCAACAUUGCUAUUGAAUACGGACCUCUCGGGAUAACCAGCAAUGUCAUUAGUCCAGGCCCAAUUAGCGGGACGGAGGGGGUCAAUCGUUUAUCCAAGAGCAGGGCACAGUCACGCAGCAUUCCUCUAGGGAGGUAUGGCACGGUCAAAGAUAUUGCGAACGCCACUGUUUUUCUUUUCUCGGAAAGCGGCGGUUUCAUUAGUGGACAUGUUCUGGUCGUUGAUGGGGGAGCAUGGCGAACUCUGGCUACGAUUUCGGGUUCAGACGUUCCGUAUCCAGAUGUCAUAACUAAGUCCAAAAUUUAA